AUGGAAGUGGUAACUAUGCGGGAGCAGAGGACGUUCAAGGAGCCGCGGGAACUGGAAAGAAAACCCCGGAGCCAAACCAAGUUAAGACUUACUCCAUUUUCCGCAGACGCGUUCUCCCGCAGAUACGCCUUCAUGGCUCUGGGAAAGGACGUUCCAACGAUUCUAACGACUCCGCGCCAUGGUGCUUCCCCGACCAGCGCCGGCUUCAUUCAAGCCAUUCCCCCGGAUCUGGAUAUUAAGAAGAUAGUGGAAGCCAACGAACACUUUCGAUUUGUCGAUCGGAUCACGUGCGACUCGAUCAAUAAGGAGUCUUUUGAGGCGCUCGAACGAUUGAUUUUGCUUUGGGUGGUCUUGUUAGGUAGGCCUCUGGUCAUAGAUGGCUUUCAGGAGUUCUUGUGCCAAGAUCUGUUUUCAGCAACGUGGCUUAGCCAAAAUCACACAAAGAAUGAAGAAGCGCAAGACCUGACGGAAAAGAAUCCAUUGCCGCUGAGUGUGAAGCAUUAUUUGAAUGAAAUGCCCAAGCUCGCAGAAAGAGCCGCUCGCCUUUAUGAAGUUGAGGAUAGCGGGUCAAGCAGAGGUCCUCGGGCCCAAAGGCUUUAUUUGAAGGAUAUGGAUUGCCCGCCGGACUGGCACGAAUACCUAGCCCGAAUCAUCCCACCCUUUCUUUUCUACCUCAACCAGGGCCCCAGAUCAUUCAGCGGGCCGGGCUCGGGAAACGUUAACCUUUCCGAUCUCCCGACUACGAAAGACGGCGAGCCGAUUGCGGCUGCGGGGGAUCUAAUGAGCUCAUUACCCCAUGACAUGCGAGCUGCAAAUCUCAUGUGUUACAUCGGACAUGAAGGGACAUACACCCCUGCACACCAAGAAAUGUGCGCGAGUAUUGGCCAUAACAUCAUGGUUGAAGCGUCGGACGGCUCUGUGGAAAAUCAGAAGCAGACUAUGCCUGGAUCAUCCAUCUGGUUUAUGACCAAGACUCCUGAUCGCCGUACGGUCUCCAAAUACUGGACUACGGAACUCGGUCACAAUAUCGAUCUUGAAGACCACUUUGCCCAGCUGGGCGCAUGGAUGAAAGCACCAUUCGAAACCUACGUGGUUGAGCAAAAGCCGGGGGAUCUUAUUCUCGUUCCGCCACUGGCUGCUCAUCAGGUUUGGAACCGUGGCACAAGAACGAUGAAGGUAGCUUGGAACCGGACCACCGUGGAGACCUUGGAGAUGGCCAUGGAUGAAGCCCUGGAGCAUGCCCGGAUAAUUUGUCGUGACGAGCAGUACAAGAAUAAAGCAAUCGUGUACUUUACUCUCCAUCGGUACCACGCACUCCUUCAUGAUAAGUCCGCUGCUAUCGACCAUAAGAAAGUACGGGCCCUGCUAGGAGACUUCAAAAGACUUUUCCAGCUGUACAAGGACAUCUUGCUGUCAGAGAUGUUCUCGCCAAAGCUUCCCGGCGACAAAAUUAUUGAGACCAUUGAAUAUCGUGGCAAUGUCACUUGCUCCUAUUGUCGAUGUAACAUCUUCAAUCGAUUUCUCACCUGCCCAACCUGCACUGCCGACGAAGGCGUAGCCGGUGAGGUCGAUGAUUUCGAUAUCUGUAUGGAUUGCUACGUGCUUGGUCGAAGCUGUCGUUGUAUAUCGAGACUCAAAUGGGUACAGCAAUUUCCAUUGAAGGAUCUGCGCGACCAGUAUGCGAAGUGGCGGAAUCUCAUACUCUCUUUCGAGAAGGAUGACCAAGAGAGCGCCAGGCUGUUUCCUCCCCUACACAAUGCCCACUCCCAGCUACCUCGUAAAACAGUGGCCCAUAUUUGCCAAGAGCAACUGAGGAUCCGGCCUUGGAUUGAUUGGAGGAACAAGGGCGAUGAGUCCUCAUCGGUCCAUUCUGACCCACAAGAGCAGCCAACAAAACGACGCAAGAUGAAUAAGAAACGAAAUGCAGCUUCCUGCCAUAUGUGCAAAACUUGUCACCCUGCGUGGAAAAUGGCCCGGUGCGAGAAUUGCGAGCAACAUUACUGUUUCGCCGAUCUGUUCCGCGCGUUUGACACCACACCCCAGAACGUCAUGGAAGAUACUGUCUGGAUAUGUCCGCAGUGUUCUAAGAUCUGCAACUGUUCAUCCUGCCGCCAAAGCCCGUUGAUGGACCCAUACGUUCCCAGGCGGCUACUUCUGGGUCACGACACGACAAAGGUUGCAGAUAGACGCAGUGUAGAGUCAAUGGUCAGCCUCCUCUUGCCGAAUUUAAAAUGGCUGCCACGGCUUGAAUCAAGCAAUCAUGCUCACCAAGAGAAACAAUUGGUGGAGAACCAAACUCGGAAUCAAAAGCUGAUGGGGAGCCCUGUUUUCAUGGAAUGGAAGCAGCAGGUUUCCUUGAAUGGAAAUGACGGGGCGCUCCAAGAUCAAAACUAUAUACCUGUCGAUCCCCAGUUGCAGCUCGACAGCUCGACACCUCGCUGA